GUGAUGAGCAGGACCCAGAUGGUGCCUGCGCUUAUGGAGCUUCCGUUUCUGUGGAAGAAAACAGACAGAAACCGAGGAAAUAAAGGAGAUAAUUUCAGAUAGUGUGUGGUUGUGGAAGAUGGAGGAAUAUGAGAAGUUCUGUGAGGAAAGUCUUGCCAGAAUCCAAGAGGCACCUUUGUCUGAAGACAACUUUCUGCAUCCCGGGUCUGACAGCAUUUCACUUAUCCGCUUCCAUGGAGUUGCUGUGCUUUCUCCCCUGCUCAGUCUUGAGAAAAGGAAGGAGAUGCAACAGGAAAAGCAGAAAGCACUCGACGUAGAAGCAAGAAAGCAGGUUAAUCGGAAGAAAGUUUUACUGACGCGAGUCCAGGAGAUUAUUGAAAAUGUUCAGGUUAGAAAAGCACCCAGCGUCUCCGCUUUUGAGCUGUGGGAGACGGGAACUGUUUACUCUCAUCCCGACUCGAAGAGCUUGGACCUGGCCCCCGCAUUUCCAAGCCUCCUGCCAAGCCCCAUCGAACGCUCCACACUAGCAGAGCUCGAGAGGACAGCUGGAGCUUUGCCAGCGAAUCAUGAGGCCCCAUCAGAGGUGAACGGGGUAGACGGAGCCACAGAGGCAGAAGCAUUGGAGCCCCUCAGGCCAUGUGAAAGGUCAGACGCCGGCCGCCCCGAAAGUGAAGUGCCGCCAACAGCCUCCCCAGCUGCCUCACUGGAGACGCUGAUUUCGGAAAAUUCCUGCCCAGCCAGGGGAGACCAGGACCUGUCCCCCGGGGGCGAGGCCGUGCCCGACCCCUAUGUCCUGAGUCUGCAGAACCUGAUGAAGAAGUCCAGGGAGUACAUCGAACAGUCCCGACGCAGCCUGAGUAGCGGAGGCAGGAGGAGUGGCCACGAGAGUCACUCAGACAAGGAGAACAACGAGACUGUGAGAGUGACCGCGAGGGUGGUGGAGAAGGCCCAGCCAACGGGCAGGCACUGUGGCCCCCUCAUCCCCGACAAACCAAGCCUUGACAAGUCCAAUGUUCUCCUCCAGGGGGUUUCUGCGUCGGUCAGCAGCCUGAGGGGAGCUGGCUGGGGCGACCUGUCCACCGUGGUCCUGCCGAUGGUCCCCACUGCUGGCGUGGACCCUCACACUGAUGGUCAAGGCCUCCCCAUGUUUGUCCCCGAGAAUAAUGUCAUCAGAAGCCUCACAAGUUCCUAUGCCAAAUUACCUAGUCCAGAGCCCAGCCUGAGCCCCCAAAUGCACCGAAGGCGCUCCCGGCCACCCUCGGCGUGUCACAUCCUCAUCAAUAACCCCAUCAACGCCUGUGACCUCAGCCCCAAAGGAAAGGACCCCGCCAUGGGCGCCGGGCCGGGAACACCUGGCCCCGACCCUGUGCCAAAGUUCCUCUUCGAUGUCACAGGAGUUGUUGGUCCCGGCCAGGUUCACGGCGGCACUCACAUUCCCGAAGCCAUCGAGGAAAUAGUGGCGGGGAAGAUGAACCAGGCGUGUCCGCCUCCAGAAAGUCUGCCGGAAGAUGAGCCCCUGCGUGAGCUCGCCCUCACAGAAGGUCAGUCCGCAGUAGACGGGAGAGGCCCCCACCGGAGGGACAGUGCUGGCCCUGCCGUGCCAGGGACGCCCGAGCCGGUGGGCACCGUUGGCCCGAGUGCCCCAAGUCCGAACAUGGCAGCUGCAAGUGGUCUCAGGCCGGCUGACACCUUGGAGAACAACGCAAGCUCCUCGCAGACGGAGCUGAACAAGUCUUACGACGUGAAGAACCCCUCUCCUCUACUGCUGCAGAGCCAGAGUGCCAGGCAGCCCGGGGAGUCCUCCGCGGCGCCCGCGGGGAAGGACCAGGUUGGGGAUCCCAGUUUGGAGAAAGUGAAACGGAGGCUUGAUCUAGACGCCGACAGUGUGCAGAAGGAGAACUGCCCGUACAUCCCGACCGGGGGAAUCAGUGACCCGGAAAGGCCACAGUUGUCAGAAAAGCGAUUCUCCAAGGGCUUGGGCUGCCUGCACAGGAGUAAAAUCCUCGAAAGUGCUUCCAAAGAGGGCGAGGAGAUACUCCGAAGCAAGAUGCUGGCCUUCGAGGAGAUGCGCAAGAGGCUGGAGGAGCAGCACGCCCAGCAGCUGUCCCUGCUGAUAGCCGAGCAGGAGCGGGAGCAGGAGCGGCUGCAAAAGGAAAUCCAAGAGCAGGAGAAACUGUUGAAGGAGAAGAAAAUGAUUCUAGCAGAGGCUUCAGAGCUGGCGGUGGGGAAGGCCGCGGACUCUGAGUGGAAGAAGAUGAGCGACGCGGGGCUGCUGGAAGCCGUGCUGGCCCAGGCGGACCCCCGCCGCCCCCGCAGCCCCGGCAGCUCUGGUUUCACCCACACUGGCCUCCAGCACGGCUCUGUCUCUGCCACCGACGCACCUUUCUACCUCUGGGGGCCGGCGGCCAGCGGCUUGGCCAAACUCUCCGCCCCGCGGCCCGCAGGAAGGGCCAAAGCGAAAUGGUCUCAGGUCUUCAGUGCAGAAGUACAAGUGAAAUUUGACAAAAUAACCGCAGUGGCAAGAGGGUUUCUUACUCGGAGGCUUAUGCAGACGGAUAAGCUGAAGCAGCUCCGGCAGACCGUGAAAGACACGAUGGAAUUCAUCCGGAGCUUUCAGUCAGAAGCACCCCUGAGGAGAGGCGUUGUUUCGGCCCAGGAUGCUUCUCUUCAGGAGAGAGUGUUGGCUCAGCUGCGAGCUGCUCUGUAUGACAUUCACGACAUAUUCUUCGUGAUGGAUGCGGCGGAAAGGAUGUCCAUCCUCCACCAUGACCGGGAGGUUCGCAAGGAGAAGAUGCUCAGGCAGAUGGAUAAAAUGAAAAGUCCACGGGUGGCUCUUUCAGCUGCAACACAGAAGUCUCUCGAUAGGAAGAAGUUCAUGAAAGCUGCUGAGAUGGGAAUGCCAAGUAAGAAAUUUCUGGUUAAACAAAGUCCUUCUGAAGCCAGAGUCCUUCAGCCCAACCAAGGGCAGAACACUCCUGCUAAUCGGUUGCUCAGCCGGCAAGGAACCCCUAAGACAGCAGUGAAGGGGGGUGUGCCCGCUAGACAGAAGUCUUCACAGAGCAGAGAGCCUAGCAGAGCGCCUGUGUCAGGAGUAUAUGCAGGAAAAAUCCAAAGAAAGCGGCCAAAUGUUGCGACAAUUUAAGAAGACAACAUUCACUGGGAUAAAAAAAAAAGGAAAGAAAAGAAAAGAAACAGUGGGGGAGGGUCCGCAGGCUUCUGCUCUCUGCCUGAGACUGGUUUCUUUCCGGACUUUGUUUACACGGGCACAGUA